AUGCAAGAAAAGUUGUCAUCAUUACCAAUACCACCACCAUCAACAUCAACAUCAUCAUCAUUACCUUCUUCAUCCCCUACUUUUGCACAAACGUCUCAGAAGGUCCAGUUCAUUCGAAAUUUGACCAAUGCUGAUGUCGAAAAAGCAGCGUUGACGAUGUUGGAUGCGUUUCAAGAAGACGCGUUAUCGCAACUUUUAGUCUGUCACGUUUCGGAUUUGGAGGAACGAAAACAAUUGGAGUUGAGCAUCUAUGAAGCCUAUAUUAGACAACAUAUAGCCAAGGGAAUUGUAUUGGGCCAGGGAGAGAUGGAGGAUAAGUUUGAGACUGUGAGUUUGUGGUCCCAUCCUAAAAGUGUUGAACAAGGUUUAGACUCGUUUAGUACUUUGAUGGAAGCAGGAUACGAUAAAGUAUGGAGAUUAGCUGGGCCCGAGGGUCGAGAUAAAAUCUUUAAAGGAAUGUUGCCAUUAUUGCAUGACUCAUGUGAGCGAAUCGUUCAUAAUGACGCGAGAUUUAAAGGCAAAGGGGUCUUUACUUUGGUAUACGUUGGAUCCACUAAAGAGGCUAGAGGUAAAGGUAAUUUGCGAAAAAUGUUUGAGUACAUGUUUGAGAAAUACAUUGAUGUUGCUGGAGAUGAAGAUCACAACAACAACAACAACAAUAACAUAGCAUAUUUGGAGAGUUCUGCACCAACCAAUAUCCCCAUAUAUAAUAAAUUUGGCUUUCAUGUGGUUGAAGAUAUUGUUUUAGGCAAGAAAAUUGCUGGAGCCGUUGAAGGUCAAGAUUACGCAGUUAUGAAUGUAAUGAUUCGAGGCCCCCGGGGCCAUGAUUGGACUCAGGACUCGAGUACCAACACAAGCAAGCUAUAG